CCAGCUCUCUGUCGCCUUCUCCUCCAGCCCAGCUUCUUGAGCUCCAGAAAGACUGCCGGACUCCCGACUUUGCUUCCAGGUUCUGCUUCCCUGACUGGGCGCACGCACCCCGGGCUCACUCAGGAGGCGACUUCGGAGCCACGAUUUUGGCUUCAAAUGUUUGGUGUGACGGCGCGGUCGCCCCUCGCAGUUAUUUGGGAGCGCGUCUCCGCGGGUCCUGGUCCUCCAAGUCCCACCCCAUCCUCUGGCACACGCAGCCCCGGGUGGCGGCCGGGCGAUUGUGUUGCUGAUAGCUCAACGCAGUGGUCUAGGAGUCGAGGUGCUUGGUACCUGAGCCUUCCCCGACAGCACUUGGAACCGGGGUGCCUUUCCUCAAGCUUCAUUAACCCUAACAGCCACGUCGGGCCACGCCAACCCAAGCAGCCCAGCGCGCAGCUAGCUCCCUUCGGACCUGGGGGCGCGUGCCCUGGGGCGCUGGGUCCGCCUCUUCCCCGGCGCAGCGGGCGGGAGGCGGGUGGGUAAAUCGGACCUGGAUCUGAUUAAGCAGGAGAAGGAAGCUAUGGAGCCGCUCUCUCCCGUCUCCGUCCUCCCAGACUGCUGAGCAGAAGCAGUGACACUGUGGGAGAGAAGGGGAGCGGGAUUGGGGGUCCCAUCACAGAGCACCCAGCCCCGGGGGGUCGCGCCGCUGCCUCUCUCUCUCCUUGGACACCUGGCCAUGGGGCCCCCGUCCAGCUCCGGCUUCUACGUGAGCCGCACCGUGGCCUUGCUGCUGGCCGCGCUGGCCGUUGCGCUGCUCCUGGCGCUCCUCAUCCUCGCCGGCCUCUACGGCCACUGCCCGCGCGCCGGGCAGGUAGAGCCCUGCAGCAGCGGGGUCCCGGACGCUGCGCCUUCGCCUCCUCCGGGUGCAGAAGAGCGGGAGCCCACCCCGCAAUCCAGCCCUGCCCCAGAGCCAAAGGUGCCAACCCCCUCGCACGACCAGCGACCCCCUGGACCCUGGGACCAGCUGCGCCUGCCGCCCUGGCUCGAGCCGCUGCACUACGACCUGGAGCUGUGGCCCCGGCUGCGGCCGGACGCGCUCCCCGCGCACAGGCUGCGCUUCACCGGCCGCGCGAACAUCACCGUGCGCUGCGUGGCGGCCACCGCGCGCCUGCUGCUGCACAGCCUGUUCCUGCGCCACGAGCUCCCCGCCGUGCGCGGCCCCCUGUCGCCCGGCGCUCGGGACGCCGCCGCGGGUCGCGUGCCGGUGGACGACGUGUGGUUCGCGGAGGACACGCAGUACAUGGUGCUGGAGCUCGGGGAGGCCCUGCGGCCCGGUGGCCUCUACGAGCUGCAGCUCAGGUUCGCGGGCCCGGUGUUCGAGGAGGCCAGGGAGGGGCUCUUCCUCAACGUCUACACGGACCAGGGAGAGCGCAGAGCCCUGAUAGCAUCUCACAUGGAACCAACAUUUGCCAGGAAUGUUUUCCCUUGUUUUGAUGAGCCAGCUCUUAAGGCAACUUUUAAUAUUACAAUUAUUCAUCAUCCAAGUUACGUGGCCCUUUCCAACAUGCCACAGCUAGGUCAGUAUGACAGAACAGACAUAAAUGGAAGCAACUGGACCGUCACCACCUUCUACACCACGCCCCCCAUGCCAACUUACUUAGUUGCACUGGCCGUAUGUGACUAUGACCAAGUCAACAGAACAGAAAGAGGCAAGGAGAUACGCAUCUGGGCCCGGAAAGAUGCCAUUGCAAAUGGCAAUGCAGAUUUUGCUUUGAACAUCACAGGACCCAUCUUCUCAUUUCUAGAGGAUUUGUUUAAUAUCAGUUACCCUCUUCCAAAAACAGACAUAAUCGCCUUGCCUGUUUUUGACAACCGUGCAAUGGAAAACUGGGGCCUCCUGAUGUUUGAUGAGUCCUUACUGUUGCUGCAGCCAAGCGAUCACCUGACGGAUAAAAAGACCCUCAUCUCCUACAUCGUCUCCCAUGAGAUCGGGCAUCAGUGGUUUGGAAACUUGGUUACCAUGAAUUGGUGGAACAAUAUCUGGCUCAACGAGGGUUUUGCAUCUUAUUUUGAGUUUGGAGUGAUUAACUACUUCAAUCCUAAACUCCCAAGAAAUGAGAUCUUUUUUUCUAACUUUUUACAUGGAGCUCUAAGUGAAGAUCAUGCCCUGGUGUCUAGAGCCGUAUCCAUGAAGGUGGAAAAUUUCACAGAAACAAGUGAAAUAAAUGAACUCUUUGACUCAUUUACUUAUAACAAGGGUGCAUCUAUGGCCCGGAUGCUUUUCAGUUUCCUCAAUGAGCAUUUAUUUAUCAGUGCACUUAAGUCUUAUUUGGAGGCAUUUUCUUAUUCAAAUGCUGAGCAAGAUGAUCUGUGGAGGCAUUUUCAAAUGGCUAUAGAUGACCAGAGUAAAAUUCUUUUGCCAGCAACAGUGAAAAGUAUAAUGGACAGUUGGACACACCAGGGUGGUUUUCCAGUCAUCACUCUGAAUGUGUCCAGUGGUGUCUUGAAACAGGAGCCAUUCUAUCUGGGAAAAGUUGAAAAUCAGACUCUUCUCACCCACAAUGGCACAUGGAUCAUCCCUAUUCUUUGGAUGAAAAAUGGAACUACACAAUCUUUAGUCUGGCUGAAUAAAAGCAGUAAAGUAUUCCCUGAAAUGCAAGUCUCAGAUUCUGAUAAUGACUGGGUGAUUUUAAAUUUGAAUAUGACUGGAUACUAUAGAGUUAAUUAUGAUAAAUUAGGUUGGAAGAAAUUAAAUCAACAGCUUGAAAAGAAUCCUAAGGUUAUUCCUGUUAUUCACAGACUACAGUUGAUUGAUGAUGCCUUUUCCUUAUCUAAAAACAACUAUAUUGAGAUUGAAACAGCACUUGAUUUAACCAAAUACCUUGCUGAAGAAGAUGAAAUCAUAGUCUGGCAUGCAGUCUUGGCAAACUUAAUAACCAGGGAUCUUGUUUCUGAUGUGAACUAUGAUAUGUACCCACUAUUAAAGAAGUAUCUAUUAAAGAGACUAAAGUCAAUAUGGAAUAUUUAUGCAACUAUAAUUCGUGAAAAUGUAGCAGCAUUGCAAGAUGACUAUCUAGCCCUAAUAUCCUUAGAAAAACUUUUUGCAACUGCAUGUGGGUUCGAUCUUGAAGAUUGUCUUCAGCUGUCAAGAGAACUCUUCAGCAAAUGGAUGAACCAUCCAAAGGAGGAAAUACCUUAUCCGAUUAAAAAUGUGAUUUUGUGUUAUGGCAUUGCCUUGGGGAGUGAUAAAGAGUGGGACUUUCUGUUAGAUGUCUACACUAAUACAACAGAAGAAGAGGAAAGAAUUCAACUUGCUUAUGCAAUGAGUUGCAGUAAAGACCCAUGGAUACUUAACAGAUACAUGGACUAUGCCAUCACUGGAUCUCCAUUCACUUUUAAUGAAACAAACGUAAUAGAAGCUGUGGCAGCAUCUGAAGUUGGCCGAUAUAUUGCAAAGGACUUUUUAAUCAGCAAUUGGCAAGGUGUGAGUAAAAGGUAUGGACCACAAUCACUGGUUACUCUGAUAUAUAUAAUAGGGAGAACUGUAAGUACAGAUCUACAGGUCAUGGAGCUGCAGCAGUUUUUCAGUAACAUGUUGGAGGAGCACCAGAGGAUUUCAGUUCAUGCCAAAUUGCAGACCAUAAAGAAUGAAAAUCUCAAAAGCAAAAAGCAAAGUGCCAGGAUAGCUGAGUGGCUUCGGAAAAACAUAUAGCUCAUGGCUGCAUCCAGUAUACCUCUUACAUAUUAUAAUCUCUUUUUGCUCAUGGUUUUGUCUCCCAGUUCUUUGUGAGUCUGACGAACUGCAUGCUUUCUUUGUAUUUCAUCCACAUUCAGGACUUUGGGCAGCAAACCCACAGCAUUUUCUUUAAAUACUGUGUAAAAAGAAAUUUACCGAAGAAAAUCUUUUCUAAUUCUGUUGUGAAGACUGCAGAAUAUUAAAUCAUUGACAUUAAUGAAGAGCACAUUCUUUCUUGAGGAAAAUACACACUCAUAAUACUCUAGGGUUUCUUUAGUUCAGUGUUGAAAGAGUAAUGAGAACACAACAUAACAGUGUGAAGCAACAGAAACCAGAAAAAUAAUCUUCACUAGAAGAUGCGGAAGCCAAAGAAAAGCAAGUUUCAAAGAGGAAAAAUAAACAAUUUUAUGAGCCAUAUUAAGUGCCUUAAAGAUAAGAAAUGUACCAUUUUUCCCUCCUAUGGAAUUUACUAUAUUGAAUGUAUUUUGCGGGUAUGAAUUUGAUGAAAUUAUGAAAUGACAAAUGAUUGUGGGAUUCAUGAGAUGCCAGAGGCAUCACACCGUGGGGAUGAAGGGUGUCACAGAGCUCCUGUGUGUUCAAAGACAGGUGGACUCUCUGCCAGCCAAAGUGUAGAAGAAAAAAUAAUGCUGUCAAAGAACAGCGCUGAUUAUGAGUUAAUCUUUGGGGCAGAGGGGAAUCUUCAAAUGAAGGGAAGUAGAAAUAAAAGGUUAACAAGAGCAUAAUCCUUACAGCUUUGCACUCAGGGGAUUAAGUGUGAAAUGUAGUUUUGUGCAACCAAAUUGAAUCUACUUGUCACGUGGAUCAAUUCAAUUUAAACAGUUUCAUCAAUUGAAAUGUAUGGAAUGAGUUAAAUUUUGUCACACUUGAUUAAAACAGGACCACUGAGACAAAUCAUUCCUACUGACUUUGUAUAUACAAUUAAAUCCUUCCUUUUUUUCUUUA